CGUGUUAAGGAGUACGGAUUAGAUCUCGUUAAUCCCUGUUUUGUUUUUAAAUAUUAUAAAUUUUAGAUCCUUGUUUCCGAGUCCGUCCUAGUUGUGAAUACUUCCUUCGUAAAUAAAUGACAUUGACUAGCGUUGUGCAUUUACCACAACAACAAGUCGUUCUGCCAUUUUGGAUACUCGGAGAACAUUUUUAUGGUUAUCGAUAUUUAUUCGUCUGAAAUUGAGUUAAAAACGCAGAAAUAAAACAAAUGUUUAAAUGGACGCAUCGUCCAUUAUCACGCAGGUGUCACGCGAUGACGAGCAACUAAAUAACUUUCCUGAAAAAGUUGUACCUCCAAGAGAGUAUGACUUGCCUCCAGCAGGCCAACUGGGCAAAAAGCCUCGAAGAAGCAUCUUACGGUCACUGUUAUGCUGCUUUGGGGGCCAGGCCAGUUCCAAGGGAUCAAGUACAAAAGCUUCUGUGGACAGCGAUGGACGCUAUUCUCCACAACUCAGUCCAGGACAGCCUCGCUAUCUCCUGCCCCAAGUGCGAGCAUCGGAAAUGCAUAAGAAAUGCAUGGUGAUUGACCUAGAUGAAACUCUGGUUCACAGUUCGUUUAAGCCAAUAAACAACGCGGACUUUGUGGUUCCCGUUGAAAUUGAUGGCACUGUUCAUCAAGUGUAUGUGUUGAAGAGACCACAUGUAGAUGAGUUCCUUCAGCGCAUGGGUGAACUGUAUGAAUGUGUCUUAUUUACUGCUAGCCUUGCAAAGUAUGCUGACCCUGUGGCAGACCUUUUGGACCGGUGGGGAGUAUUUAGAGUUCGACUGUUCCGUGAAUCAUGUGUUUUCCACAGAGGAAAUUAUGUUAAAGAUUUGAAUAAACUUGGAAGAGAUUUACAGAAAGUCAUAAUUGUGGACAACUCUCCGGCCUCUUACAUCUUUCACCCUGACAAUGCUGUUCCUGUUGCAUCAUGGUUUGAUGACAUGCAAGAUUCUGAGCUGAUGGAUUUAAUUCCAUUUUUUGAAAAACUAAGCAGUGUUGACUCUGUUUACUCUGUCCUAUGCAACUCAAACCAUCCUUAUAACAGUACUAACAGCCCCAGUAGCCAACUACAACAUCUCCAGCAUGAAGAAGAAGAUGAUAGGCGGCAACAGCAGCAGCAACCAUAUCAACAUCAUCCUAUUCAUCAAAUGGAUCAGCAACAGCAUAUCCAGAUAGGAAACCAUUCUGUUUCAUAACAUUGACUUUCCCGCCUGGAGCGGUGGAGGUCAGACUUAGUUGAGGGGCACAAGACUGGACUGGGUUGGCGGGGCUUGUGCCGGCUUAGUGCCUAUGGUGCUAGUUGUGCUCAUUGCCGCUUGAAUUUUGGGUUAUGUCUUAUUUGGGCAGUGUUAACUCAGCUUCUUUGCUGAAAUAGCUCAUCCGUUAUCCCUUUUUCCUUUUUUUAUCUUCUUGUUUACUGUAUAUGUUUUCUUUUAAUGUCCUGUAUUUCUUUUCUUUCUUUUUUUUUUGCACUGCUAUAAAUAUAAGAUAUAAUACAUUUAUAUCUACUUGUGUAUGUAUAUAUAUAUAUAUAUCUGAAUAUAUAGAACUUUACAUGUGUAUAUAUAUAUACAUUUACAUAUAUUUAUCUGUGCAUACACAACUGCGUAACAUCCUUGUGAUAUAAUCUAAUUUUGUCUGACUUAACAGUUUUUGGAUGUUCACUGCACAUAACCCUAUGUGAUAUUAGCGUAUUAAGUGAGCCUGGUCUGGUAUUGUGCCGCUUGCCAUCUUGGCUCUUUAAACGCUUUUUUUUUUUGUCAUCCUUAAUGUCCUAGAAUUCAUCCAUCGUUUUGUGGAACUUAACUUAUGCCUGUUUUGUGUUACCUCCCCAAUUCUUUCAAACAACAUUGAAGGUUAUCAUCAUGCAAUUAGAAAUGGAGGCACAAGUUAUGGAAUGGAUGAUAAGUAGGCGCGUUAAAUCAGAGAUGUGUUUCCCAGUGGCAGCUAGGUCUGCAUUAUUUUAUUAAACUGACAAGGCAGAUUUCAGCCGCUACUACUAAGUCAUCAUUGUAGUCUUCAGUCCAAGUGCCAAUAUUAUCUAACUGGGUGUCAUGAGCCAUGGGCUGAUCCCCACUUCUGUGAAAGGGUUGUUUUUGUAUGCUUCUCUUUACUAUCAGAUAUAUUUUUUUAACAAUAUCAGGAGUUUGCAUCUGAUAAUAUGCAUAUUCCUCUGAUAUAAACAAACUCUCAUGUUACAAGCAUCUAUAGGAUUGAUUUCUACUGACCACAUUAUCAGUGCUAACUUACCAUAGUACCCACUACCAAAGGACCAUUACUUCUAUUUUUUUGGAGCAAUUGUGAAGAUUGCAACUUUUCAUCUAUGGCAUUUAAUGUUUUUCCCCGGGAAGUGCCAUAAUGAAGAAGUCAGUAUCUGUCAGUUUCUUUGGUCAAUUAAUGAUUGUCAUUGCCUAACUUAAACUUGUCAAUGGGUAUGUUUUCAUGUUGUUUUUUUGUAAUUCUAUUUGUUUUGACAUUCUACUUUAAAAAAAAUAAUUUCAUAUCUGUUUUGUCAGUUUUUACACAAUUUGAUUAAGGAGUGAGUUGGUGUCAUCAACCAAACACUUGUCGUUAUUUUUGUCUUCUGAUCUGUCUCUUAUUACAUAUUCUUUGUUGCAACCCAUUUUUCUAGUUUAUUUAAUUGAAUCAAGCUACGAAUUCCCCUCUAAAUUCCUGAAGUCUAAUUUUCAAUAUAUUGGGGCUGCUAUAGCUUUAACGCAGUUCAUUAUAGAGUAACGUACUAUACAUUUUACUUUUACCUCUUUUUUUCUUCUCUCAGUUGUGAGAGUGAUGUUUGUAUAGUUGUUUAAUCAUAACAUUUUGAGAAGUUUUCUUGAUUGCAAGGCUUUUGUGUUCCCCUAGCAUUCCCCAACUAUGCAGUAACAUAGGUAAAUAGUUGAUCAAAAAUUUUAAAUCCAUCAAUUUUAAACAUCAGCCUAAUUUAUCAUGGUUUUAGUUAUGGUGGUGGUGAGUUGGCAUUUCGUGAGCUUUCAACUUUGAAGUGCCUUUUAUUGUAAAAACUGAUGUGAUGCACUGAUGGAAAGAGCCUAUUCCCUAGUAUGUUUACUAAUUUGACUUAGUCGUUGUUGUUUUUCUUUUGUUAGUUUUUUUUUCUUCUUUCAUGUGGUCCAUAAUUGUUAGUACAGGUAAUUCUAAUUUGCACAAGUUGCAGUUUGAUGUAAGUGCAAUGAUACUGUUACUUAAGUCCUCUUCCUUUCACCAUUUGAUGAGGAGUGGGAAUUUGGCAUUUUAUAUUCAUCUAGCAACUUAUUGUAUCCAACAACAACUUACUGAAGCAAACGUAGCAUCUUGAACAUCUCUUAUUUUCUUUCAAUGGAUGUAUUAUCUAUGUCAAUGUUUCUUUAAACAAAACAAAAACUAUAUUCUAUACAAGCCAUAUGGAUCUGAUUAAUGUGUAUUAUGCUGCCAGUCCAGAAAUAAGUUUCUUUUGAAGUAUCCUUGUCAAGUUGAAAAAAAGCAAUACAUUAUUAUGAAUUAAAGCCCUUGAGAAGUAAGAUAAAUUUAUUUGUCUUACUUUUUAAAGUGUUGUGGAGGCGCAACUUGUCAAAGGAAAACAGUCAGUAUACUUUUGCUGAUUCAACUUUAGGCUGUUUCUACUGGAAGUGAUGCGAUUGGGGAAUGUUGUCAUUUACUUAACAAUGCUACCUUUACUGAAUUUAUCAAAGCUGCUUGUUGCCAAUUUGAGCCUUGAAGAACUGCUUAUUACUAAAGUAUCUAAAGUAUGCAAUGUAAUUUUACCUACCACAACUUUUAACUUCAAAGUACAUAUUACACAAUUGACCUUAAACCGUCUGUUACUGUUGGUUGUGUCCAAAAAAACUUCACUGUGAAGGGUCAGAUCUUUGUAUUAGAUGCUUAAUGUUUUCUAUAAAAUUUAUUGUACUUACAAACAUUACUUUGGGUACUUAAUCUACUCAUAUUUUGUCAAAUCGAAGUGUCUAUUUCAGUUCUAUUUAUGUUUAUCCCUUCAAACUUGCUGAAAAAUAUAAUGUCUGUUAUCUUUGGUCACCAGACAGAACACCUUUUUAUUUGGGCUCUUAACAUAUCAUAAACUUCUUUAUGUUGCCUCGCCAGUUGUUAAGCAUUAAAUUCUGAUGUUGUUAUUAUUAGCUUCUAUUUUUGGUACUACUUUUCUACAUUUUCUAUGUUUGACAGUAUUUUCAAGUGUAUUAUCUUGAUUUGCAUCUUUGUACUGGUGCGGUGUCUUAAUGUAAGUCUGAUGGUAGCAUCCAGGUAGAUGGUGGGUCGUUAAUUUCUUUGGAAGUUCACAUCCCUGUAGGAAUUGGCACCUUUGCUCAUCUUGUACACCUUGAGAAAAUUAGCGAUUGACAUCCUAUGGGAACUGACUGCAAUAAUGAGGACAUUCCUCAUGUUAGUUGUUUUCAUCUAACCUAGUCUAAGUUUCAAUUUUUGACAUAAUUAAUGUUUCUUAUACUGUUCAAUUUCUCUUUAGAUGCCAUGGAAAAUGGCUGCCGAUAAGUGUAAAAAUAAUCUAGAAAGUUUAUUGGUGUAUUAAUGAAAUAUCACCUUGGUAAUUUUAUGUACUGUCACUUCUUUUCUGAAACAAAUCUUACAGUAAUUUUUUCUCAAGCCCUGGUUUGAAUUUUUUUUUUGUCAGAAUCAUGGAUCAAUCAGUUUGUAAGUGCUGAACUGAGUGAAAUUGUGUUUAUCUGGAAAAUAACCAAUUUUCUGUGACUUGCUCGGACUUGUUUCAUUGAAGAUUGCCCUCUCCAACGUACUGGGCUGCAACCCAAUCUUAUUUGUUACCCCUGUAUAAUUCAUCAAAAUUCAUUUUGUUGGUAAUUUUAAACAAACCUAAUUGAUAUUACUGUACACCUCUUUGUAUUUUCUAUCUGUUCUCCCUCCUCAUUUGUAGGUGCUGUUCCACAUUGUAAUGAUAGCUGGAGCUUCUAAUAUAUGUUACAUUUUGUUGCUAUUGUUACCACUUCAGAGCUACAGUAUCACAAUGUUUGGAAAAAGUAUUCUUUAAUUUGUAAGAAAAUUAUGCAAUGGAUGGCCCUUGUUUGGAUCUGUCAUACAUAACACUUGACUUAUUCAAAAAAAUGUUACGAUUAAAAAUUAAUUUAAAACUUAACAGAUGCUUAUAUUGUUUUAAGUUAGCAAAGUAUGUUUUACAAAUUUGUCAAUUACAUUAAAAAAAAAACAAGGCACGCGUCUGUUUUUUUUUAACAAAAGUUGUUUGGAAUUUUGUAUAGUUUGUACAUGUUUCUGUUUUCUGUGUUAAAACAGGAUUUAGUGCUUUUUCCCCGUUUUAUGCGAGUGGCCAAUUGUCAAAUAGCUAACUGAUUGCUUUUCGCUUUUCAAACACGCUUUAUCUUGCAUUCUUAAUACUUUAUAUUUUGUUAUUAGUUGAUUUAGAGAGAAUUGAUAAGUUUAUCUGUGACAUUUUAGACCAUAAUUUGAAAUUAAUUUGUUGGAAGUAAAAUUAUUGGAAAGUAAUACUUAAUGUGCAGCUGAUUUCAGUGGCAACGAAUUCAGCAAACCAGCUUGGCAGGUUUGUUUUCUUCUUUGAGUUUUAGCCGAUUUAAAAUGAAGAGAUUGCACAGAGCACAUAAUUUAGUUGAGCUUUGCACACCAGUCAAUAUUUUUCUUUUUGUUUUAAUUAUGUAGAGUUGAGCUUUGCAAAAGGGUGGUAUGGGCAUCAUGCAUUUUGCAUUCACAUGCAUUUUUUUUGUGUGUGUGUUACUACCAAUCACACCUUGAAAUUGUUUCUGCAUUAUGUAAUGCUUAGUGGUUGACUUUGUUCAAGCACCUAGUCGAAGAUAGCAUAUUUUAUCUAAGAAAGGCUCCCCAUCGUAUUGGUUGACAGUUUUUAAAAAUGUUUUUCAGCAGUUUUGCACUGCAGUGAGUUCGUCUUUUUGUGUUUUUUUUCUGUCAUGUUUCAAGAUCCUGAAUAUGUUGCUGCAUGCAUAAGUUUUGAUCAAAUACUUACAUGUCUCAUUAUAUUAAUGCUACUGCAAUUUUUACAAUUCAAUUGUCAGAUGCGUGUAUGCAGAAUUUUAGCAGGAUAGCCCAAUCCAGUCCACCCAAAGACUAGCCAUUGUAGAUUGGUUUGUAUUUUAAUUGGUUAAUUCAUUUUUAUUUUAUUCAUAAUAGAGUGUACAUACUAUUAUUGUUACAAAUUAAAAUAAAUAAUACUCUCCAUACAAGUACUAACCUUGACUGGGCAACCAUGGGGAAGGUGCAGGGGUUGAUAGUAGGUGCUUCCAAUUGAGCUCUGUAUGGAGAUAUAUUGCUCAAUGGUUUCAUAAUUCAAAGAUCUUUUGUAUUUUACAUACAUUAAACUAGCCAUAAGAUAAAUUUAUUAUAACACAUAUUUUGGAUUACAUAACUGGAAUUUGAGCCAUUGCAGAUGUGUGUGAGAGAGAGUGAGAUUGAGGUGUAGAAAAUUAAUAAUUGUCAUGAUUAAUAUUCACAGAUGUAUAAACAUAAAUGUGGUCCUGAUGUACAGUCAUUGUGUUGUACAUAUUCUGUUUCAUAUAUGAGCAACUGAAACAAUCAUAAAGCCUUUGGUUUUGUAAAUAUACAGCCUUUCCAUUGAAAA